AAAUUGAAUUUAAUUAUCGUAUUUAUAUAUAUAUAUUUGUUAAUACAUGUUUCACGCGCAUUUGCAGUGCAAUGCGUUAGAUCUUGUUUUUAUGUACAUAUGAACGUUCAUAUAUGCAUUUGUGUGUGUGAUUUGUCUGCCAAAGAAGAGCGCAAGGAGCAACAGUGAAACGAAACGAGAGCGCGCGUGUCAAAGUCAAAAGUUUUGCAUAAAUUAAUACUGUUGAUUGUUGGUGCUGCUUCUGCGGCUGCUACUGAUACUGUCAGGUGCUUGGUUGUGGGGUGAUUUCUUACGGUGUGAUGCGGAUGGCGACAGAAUUGCAGAAGUAAAUCAACAGUACACACCAACCAUUGUUGUCAUCAUUGCCACCAUCAUCAUCGUCUUCAUCAUCAGCAGCAGCUGAGAGAGAUCCAGAGAAGGCUUCAGAGAGACAGCCAGAGGCAGCCUUAGAGCCCAUUUUCCGAUACGCCGAAGUCAAUUAGAACAGUCGCCACCACGACGUCGCCGCCGAAAGCUUACUUGUUGUCAGCCGAGCACUUGGACGACGCCAGCGCCGACGAUCGCGGGCGUGUCUACAAGCUGAGGAAGAAGAAAUAUCUCAGGGGGCCUCACAUCACAUAGAUACGACCAAGGAUAGAUAGUGGAUAGUGUGUGGACGGAGGAGCAGUGCGAAAAGAGAGGCAGUGAAAGUGGAAGUUUGAACAAGAGAGACAGAGAGAGAGAGAGAGCGCUGCCAAGAUGCCUGUGCAGUCCCCCAUUGAGAUCAGCAACCGGGCCAUCGAGCAUAUCGAUGAUGUGGAUCCCCUCGAAUACCAUGGCCACUGGGAGCCGGUGGGUGUGGCCCGUGUCCAAAACACAGGCACCUCGGCCAUGGUCACCUUCAGUAAGCGAAAACAGCAGCCGUAUAUCAUUGGCGGGGCACUGGACACGAAUAAAUAUGUAUUCGAGCAGUUGCACUUCCAUUGGUCGGACUCGGAUGAGUCGGGCUGCGAGCACACACUGGAGGGCAUGAAGUACUCAAUGGAAGCACAUGCCGUCCACUACAAUGCCAAGUACAAGGACUUCACCGAGGCCAAGAACAAGCCGGACGGUCUCGCUGUGGUUGCCUUCUUCAUACAGGCAUGCGGCGAGAAGGAUUGCCCCGAAUUCAAGAAGAUCACUGAAGGCAUACGCAUUGUCCAAAAGAUAAGCACGAGCGCAUCGCUGGAUUCCGAUUGCCUAUCGUGGAUUGGUCUGCAGGAGCUGAGCAAACACUAUUACACAUACAAGGGAUCGCUGACAACGGCGCCGUACUUUGAGAGCGUCACAUGGAUUAUCUACCGCACACCUAUCUAUGUGUCGAGGGGUCAGGUGAGCGUCUUUCGCAACUUGCAAUCGUGUCCCAAAGAUGAAUCCAAAAAGAUAGUCAACAACUCUCGCGAGAUACAGCGGCCGCACAAGGACCCAGAGAUCUUCUUUGCCCGCAACACAAACCUAAAGUCAAAAUUAUGAUGUGUUUGCUGUGUGACACCGAACUCUCGAAAUGUGAGGCUCGGCACUCGCUCGAUCGAUCCAUGCUCUUCGUCAUGCGUCACACACAUUGCCACGACCGAAAAACCAAAACCGAAACGAUUCUCUAUUCUGUUUUGUUCUCCACCACUCCCGCCCUUGAACCGGGUCAUUCCUCUUUUGAA